AUGUUUUCCGGUCCACCUGGGGGAAAGGGCUUCGGCGGUAAGGGCUUCCCUGGUGGCAAGGGAUUCGGCCCACCCCCGAUGAUGCCUCCAAUGCCAGGUGGAUGGGCUCCUAUGUGGGCUGGCAAGGGUAAAGGCUUCGACCAUCCCCCUAUGCAUGGGACUAACUGGGGUCCCCCGCCCCGCGGACCACCCCCGCCUUCGGGGAUGAUGAUGCCCCCACCUCUACCGUCCCAAGGGCCUCCUAUGAUGGGCACGCCACCCAUGCCUGGUGGAGGUCCUCCCAUGCCUCCAGCGAUGCCGAUACCACCUGUUCGAGUACCAUCAGAAGGGGUCAUCAACACCCGCCCUACAGGGGGUUCAAGAAGACCCGCGUACAAAUUGGGGACGAGCGGGGUCCGACGAGGCCUCCUCUUCGCCUUCCAUCUCGACCCUAGAGCGGAUAUGGAGCUGCUCAAUGAGAUGUUCAGAGUGGCGGCGGCACCAGCUGACGAUGAGAAGCAGACUACUUCUACUACUGCAGAACGCGAGGAGGCUAUAGAGUCGAUCAAUGACCAGUUCAUACAGCUUUGGAGGGUUCCGGGAGAGACCUUCGCUGUUGCGGAAUACCGCUCGUGUGGGGCGGCAUUCAAGGCACAGCGAGCCCUUAGUGGGAUACGAUUGUUUGGGCGAGAGAUAUACGCUAGGGUGGACAGGCGGACCCAAGACAUGAUGCACCACUGGAGGGGUGUCAGAGGCAGAGAGGUUGCUAAUAGGAUUGCCAAGGAGGGGUAUGAGGUGCCUAGCAACCUUAUGGACUUGGUGGAUGAUGAGAUAUACCAGUUGGUUAACCGAGCUAAGGGUAUAUUAUCGGACAUUGCCCGGGCAGGGGAGGCUAGAAUUCAGUCUGAGAAGUCGCAGGCUAAUGCCAGGGGGACUGAGAAUUGGAAGGGCGCCCUUGCCAAGAAGGAGGAGAGGCGCAUUGAGGCGGUAUUGCUGGGAAAAGCCGAGCAGCAGGAGAAGCUGUCGAAGAAUGAACAGCAGCUGGCUGAUGUACGAGCUCAGUAUCUAGAAGCUCGAGAGGCGGCAGAUAAGGUUGAUGUAGAGACGGAGAAACGUGAACGACACGAAAGGAAGCGGCGGAAAAGAGAGCAUAAGAGUCGGAGUACGAUGAGUAUCCAUGAGCUCAUAUCUUUGGUACCGAGUGAACGGUCGGAUAUUUAUCGUCAUCCGAUUGAUUGGGAUUAUGUGUUGAGUCAGUCCACGACAGUCCAGCAGACUUUGUGGACGUGGGUGCGUCGGCAGGUGUCGUCGUGGCUGGGCAGUCCUGAUAGAGAGCUAACGGAUUGGAUAAUGAGAAUGAUCAAUCGACGAACUGAUGCCCCAGAUCUAGCAAGAGAGCUUCGCCUCGUUAUCGACGAAGAAGCUGAUGCCUUCGUGGAGCAGCUGUACCGGAUAUUAGUAUUCGAGACCCUUCGCAAACAGUACUGUCCUAACAGCAAGGAUUCUCAUCAGAGUUGGGUGCCUCUCACAGAGAGGGUUGGGGGCACGGCAGAGGGCGACGAGAGCGAGUCUGAUGAGGAUCUUAUGGAUGACAAUCGAUCGUCUACAGAUGAUGUUGAUAUGACCGCUGCGGCAUAA